CAACUUUUAGCACUCGCUAUACUUAGAAGUCUGAGGCUAGUUUCGCCUUCCCUCUGCCAUCGUGCGUUGUACGCCUGAGUCGACUUCUCACCAUGUCUUCUCACAAGACUUUCAGAAUCAAGCGAUUCCUGGCCAAGAAACAAAAGCAAAAUCAUUCUAUUCCUCAGUGGAUUCGGAUAAGAACUGGUAACAAAAUCAGGUACAACUCCAAGAGAAGACACUGGAGGAGAACCAAGCUGGGCCUCUAAGGAUUCAUACAAUCAAUGGCAAGAAUUGAGAGUUUGCACUGAAUCAUGGUCAACGCAAGCUAUGCUAC